AUGCUUGACCAUUAUGCCCAGAAUGACCAUGGGGCAUUCCAAACGGGAGGGCAAUUACCCCAAUCGGGAUUCUCAAGGGCUAGUCAACCGCCUGCCUAUGGAUCGUGGAGUGAAGAAGUCGGAAGCCAAUACUCAAGAUGGGAUCCUCGAGGAUGGUCUGUGAAAAACAAAAUCCUUCUUGCGGUCGGAAUCAUUGUGGUUAUUGUCGCUGUUAUCGUGGGAGCUGUUCUGGGAGUGCGAGCCAACCGAUAUCCCAACUACUCUUCAUUGGACUACAGCCUGGUAGAUACCUACUCGGGCUCAUCCUUUUUCGACAAUUUUGAAUAUUACACUGACGCAGAUCCAGCCAAUGGAUUUGUCCAAUACAUUGGUCGGGCUAACGCAGAGUGGCUCAAUCUCACAUACGCCACUGACACCUCUGCCAUUCUGCGAGUGGAUACGACUUAUAAUGGAUCAGAAGCUGCCAGUGGGCGCCAAUCUGUGAGGAUUACAUCUAAUAACACCUAUGCGGAUGGUCUUUUCGUCUUCGACAUCUUGCACACUCCGUAUGGAUGUGGCACAUGGCCUGCAUUAUGGCUUACAGACCCCGACAACUGGCCGGCGCAUGGAGAGAUCGAUGUCGUAGAAGCUGCCAACAAGGGUGUUUACGGGAACCAAGCAACUCUCCACACCUCUGAAGGGUGCUCAAUGGGUGUCAAGCGGAAAGAAUAUGGUUCCGUGCAAAACAAGAACUGUUACUAUGAGGCCAAUGAUUAUUCCGGCUGUGGAGUCAAAGGUACCCAAAGCACAUACGGCCCUGAGUUCAAUUCAAACGGAGGCGGAGUCUAUGCGAUGGAGCUUCGUGACGCCGGUAUUCGAGUCUGGCAAUGGGCUCGUUCCAGCAUCCCAUCUGAUGUGACAUCAGGCAGCCCCGACCCAUCAACCUGGGGGGAAGCCUUCGCAGACUUCCCCAAUACGGAUUGUGAUAUGGGAUCUCAUUUCAAGAACCAGAGUAUCAUCGCUAAUAUCGACCUUUGCGGUGAUUGGGCUGGUGCGACCACGUACUAUACUGAUCAAAGCAGUUGUUCCGGUACAUGUGAGACAUAUGUGCGAGACAAUGCUGAUCAGUUCAGUACAGCUUAUUGGGAGUUCAGCAGUUUCAAGGUUUAUCAAGCCAGUUGA